GACACGCGUCGCAGCGCUUCAUGGUUGGCGCAUCCCAAUACAAACGAGAAAGAGAAAGGGGUCCCCCUUCACCAUUAUUAUGCAACAAAUACUGACUUGACUCGGACACAUAAUCCACAUACAACGCAGGACAUGCUGACCGUGCGUGGAUGGCUGCAUGGAACCCGGCCGGCACGCUGCUCGCGACAGUCUGGCAGCCAGAGUUGGAAGGUCAAGGCAGCGAAGCGUGGCACUGCACUGCGGUGCUCGAGGAAGCGCACUCGCGCACUGUUCGAGCCGUGGCCUGGUCUCCCGACGGCCGCUCGAUUGCAUCUGGCAGCUUUGACUUUACUGUCUGCAUCUGGGACAAGAGCAGUGGCGAGUUUGAUUGCACGGCAACACUCGAGGGACACGAAAGCGAGGUCAAGGGCGUUGCGUUUGCACCGGCAGGCAAUGUCCUUGCAUCCUGCUCGCGAGACAAGAGCGUUUGGAUUUGGGAUGUCGAGGAGGACGGCGAAUUUGAGUGCGCUGGCGUCCUGCACGAGCACACCCAGGACGUCAAGUUUGUGCGAUGGCAUCCGACAGAGCCUAUUCUCGCCUCCGCCAGUUACGACAACACUAUCAAACUCUAUCGCGAAGACGACGGCGAUUGGGUUUGCUACGAAACCUUGAACGGGCACGAGUCGACUGUCUGGGCGCUGGCCUUCAACGCCGACGGUUCUUUCAUGGUGAGCGUGUCGGACGACCGUUCGUUGAAGAUUUGGAAGCGCCUCAAUCCUGGAAACAAGGAGGGAGUCGCCGUGCUCACGUCUCAAGCACCCAAGUGGAAAUGUGUUGCUACCGUUCCCGCCCUGCAUGAGCGUACCAUCCUGUCUGUGGACUGGUCGCCCGUCACCGGGCUGAUUGCGACUGGCGGUGCUGACAAUGUCAUUCGGAUAUUGAAGUUUAACGAGAGCGACGUCGAUCAGAAUGGCCAGGCUGCUGUUUCCGUCGUGUGCUCUGUCGACGCCGCUCACACACAAGACGUCAACUCUGUAGCGUGGAAUCCCGUUCGGGGGUCUUUGUUGGCAUCCACAUCGGACGACGGCUCUGUCCAUCUGUGGAAUAUCUCGUCGUAA